UACUGGACGGCUUCGCAUUAUUGUGGACCACAAAGAGGCCAGGACACCACCAUCACCUCGACUCAACUCAACUACUACAGUGGUACUUCUAUAGCAAUUGGAAACCAUGACGACCACCAACGACGACGAACCGAAGCUCAUCGAGACAGAGACCAAAAAGUUUUGGGGAAUCAUUGGCAAGGGUCCCUUUGAUGGCUGUGGUGCUGCCUUUAAAAAGCUUGGGGAACUCCAAAAGAAGGUCUUUGCGGAUGACAAUAGGGACCUGAAGAUUCGCACGGCCAUGUUGGUGCUCUGUGAUGUCCCCAAUACCAAAAACAAGGAAGAUUUGGUGUGGGCGGCCGCCAUGCUCAUUCCCGACUCUGUGGAAUCCAAGGUGCCCGAGGGGUUGGAAGAAAUCGUGGUAGAGGGACGUCGCUGUGCGACUUCCGUGCAUCGUGGUGGAUACGAAGGAUUGCCCAAAUCGUGGGGGCAGCUGUGCAUGAAAUGGAUUCCAUCCCAAAAGUUGCGCCCCUGCAAGGGUUCCCGGGAAUGCCCUCAUUAUGAAGUUUACUUGAAUGAUUGUUCCAAUGGAACGAAAAAGGAUGACCUGGAGACCCAGCUCUUUGCUCCCGUAGAGCCGGCGGAGGAAAAUGAAGAAAAAACCAAAGCCGACGCGGGAGACUGCUGCAGCAGCAAGAAGCAUGCUCUGGAGGAGGAUGACAAAAAGAAGCAAGAGGAACCCGAGGCCAAAAAGGCAAAGGAAUGAAAAGUAGGGAGCCAGGGCAGGCGGACAAUCCGUAGGACGGUGAGGGAACCCAAACAAUACCACAAAACCAUAGAGGGAAAAAGACAGAAACUGCAACAUCACAUCGAAAUUUUUUUAUAAAAGGGCCCUCAUAUCACACUCAUUAGUUAUCGUACCGAAAUCUAACGUUGCAGACAAUAAUUUUUGG